UUCUGCAGCUAUUUGCAAGUGUACCUUAAGGCAAGAUAUAAUGGAAGAAAUUAACCAAUCUAAUGCAGUGAUAGAGCUGUCGAUUUGUUGGGCACCAAGGUCAAUUCCUGUAUGCUACUACUUGAUGAGUAUAAAAUCAGAGAACAAAUUCAUUUGGAACUAGUAAUGCAGAUUUCCCCUCUGGGGACCCUGGAAUGUACCAGUUGGAUGUUACUCUAAGAAGAGGACAGAAUCUAGCUGCACGGGACCGUGGAGGAACAAGUGAUCCAUAUGUCAAGUUCAAACUUGGAGGAAAAGAAGUAUUUAGAAGUAAAACAGUACACAAGAACCUCAAUCCUGUGUGGGAAGAAAAAGCUUACAUUCUUCUAGAUAACCUAAGAGAACCAUUGUAUAUAAAGGUAUUUGAUUAUGACUUUGGACUUCAAGAUGACUUCAUUGGUUCAGCAUUUUUGGAUCUCACAUCCCUGGAAUUAAACAGGCAAACAGAUGUUACCUUGAGUCUGAAGGAUCCUCAUUACCCUGACCAUGAUCUGGGAAGUAUAAUCCUGACAGUUCUGUUGGCUCCAGGAGACCAGCGAGAAGCGACAAUGCUGAUGAGGAAGAGUUGGAAAAGAUCAAGUAAGUUUCAGACCCAGAGCUUACGUCUCUCAGACCUGCACAGAAAGUCUCAGUUAUGGAGAGGGAUAGUUAGUGUUACCUUAAUAGAAGGUCGUGAACUUAAGGCGAUGGAUGCAAAUGGGCUCAGCGAUCCUUAUGUGAAGUUUCGUUUGGGGCAUCAGAAGUACAAGAGCAAGAUUGUUCCAAAAACUUUGAAUCCUCAGUGGAGGGAGCAGUUUGACUUUCAUCUCUAUGAAGAACGAGGUGGAAUUAUUGAUAUUACCGUGUGGGACAAAGAUGUUGGCAAAAAGGAUGAUUUCAUUGGCAGGUGCCAGAUUGACCUGUCGACUCUAAGUAAAGAACAAACCCACAAGUUGGAGAUGUCGCUAGAGGAAGGAGAGGGAUACCUGGUGUUGCUGGUCACUCUCACAGCAUCAGCUGCAGUCACUAUCUCUGACCUCUCCAUCAACUCCUUGGAGGACCAGAAGGAGCGAGAGGAGAUUCUGAAGAGAUAUAGUCCAAUGAUGAUGUUUCAUAACAUCAGCGAUGUGGGAUUUCUUCAGGUGAAGGUCAUCAGGGCAGAAGCAUUGAUGGCAGCUGAUGUCACAGGUAAAAGUGACCCAUUUUGUGUAGUUGAACUGAACAAUGACAGACUGCUGACACAUACUGUCUACAGGAACCUCAAUCCAGAAUGGAACAAAAUCUUCACAUUCAAUAUAAAGGACAUCCACUCAGUGCUUGAAGUGACAGUUUACGAUGAAGACCGCGAUCGAAGUGCUGACUUUCUAGGCAAAGUUGCUAUACCAUUGCUGUCUAUUCAAAAUGGUGAACAGAAAGCCUACGUCUUGAAAAACAAGCAGCUGACAGGGCCAACAAAGGGGGUCAUCUAUCUUGAAAUAGAUGUGAUUUUUAAUGCUGUGAAAGCCAGCAUACGAACCUUAAUGCCCAAAGAACAGAAGUACAUUGAAGAGGAAGACAGACUGUCUAAACAGCUACUGUUAAGGAACUUCAUCCGGAUGAAGCAUUGUAUCAUGGCGCUCGUUACUGCUGUCUGCUAUAUUAGCAGUUGUUUUGACUGGGAUUCUCCACCAAGAAGUCUAGCUGCUUUUUUGGUAUGA